AUUAUUUAGGGGACAUAAAUUACCGACGGAACGAGCGCUUAGGUUCCAGUAGCGACAUUUUUGAAAUUUGAAAUCGCUUUACGGGUUCGGCCGCAAUUAUAGGUUUUACUGUUACGAGCUUGUAAUUUUUACACAUAUAACCAAAUGGGAGACACGCCUUUGAGAGUCCUUGCCUGUGGGGACGUUGAAGGAAAAAUUAAUGUUUUAUUUAACCGAGUGAAAGCGAUCCAGAAGAAAAGUGGUCAUUUUGACCUGUUGCUUUGCGUUGGAGAAUUUUUUGCUUCUUCAGCGGAAGCGGAAACUGAAUGGGAGGAGUACAAGUCCGGAGCAAAGAAAGCGCCCAUUCACACAUACGUUUUGGGGGCAGCCAGCCAGGACACAGUGAAGUAUUUUCCCAAUUCAGAUGGGUGUGAGCUGGCUGAGAACAUCACCUAUCUGGGUCGCAGGGGCAUCUUUACCGGCGCUACGGGCCUGCAGAUCGCUUACAUGAGCGGUAGGGAAGGGCAGCAGGAACCGGCCCCGGCUCACUGCUUCACACCCAAGGAUGUCUCUGCCCUGGUGACCCCACUGGUGUCCACUUCAAGUUUCAAAGGAGUGGACAUCUUGCUUACCUCACAGUGGCCACGCGGCGUCUGCCAAUAUGGCAAUAACCCAGAUAUCAGCACCAAGGCUUGCGGAUCUCCGUCUCUGGCCAGCGCCGCGGACAGGCUGAGGCCGCGGUACCACUUUGCCGGCCUGGAGGGGGCGCACUACGAGCGGCUGCCGUACAGGAAUCACAUGGUCCUGCAGGAGAACGCCCGGCACGUCAGCCGGUUCAUAGCCCUGGCCAGCGUCAAUAACCCUGCCAAGAAGAAGUACUUGUAUGCAUUCAGCAUUGUCCCUUUGAAAAGCAUGGACCCGGCCGAGCUAGUGAAGCAGCCACAAGAUGUCACUGAAAGCCCCUACAGGAAGCCUGCCAAAGGCGGCCAGAAGGAAUGGACUGCUGCCACGGCAACAGCGGAGGUGGAGGAGGAGCCUCCAACUCAGUUUUUCUUCGACAUGGGGAAGAAAUCCCAAACUCAGGGUCAAGGAAGGAAGAGGUACUCUGAGGGAGAGCGGCAGAGUCAGCCCAAGCAGCCUCGGAGGCCCCCUCAGCCCACUGGCCCCUGCUGGUUCUGUCUGGCAAGCCCAGAGGUGGAGAAGCACCUGGUGGUCAGCAUUGGCACCCACUGCUACGUGGCCCUGGCCAAAGGUGGCCUGACUUCGGACCACGUGCUGGUGCUGCCCAUCGGACACUGCCAGUCGGUGGUGGAGCUGUCUGCGGAGGAGCUGGCCGAGCUGCAGCGGUACAAGGCCGCUGUGCGCGACUUUUACAGGAGCCUCGGGAGGCGCUGUGUGGCCUUCGAGAGGAACUACCGCAGCCAGCAUCUCCAGCUACAGUUGGUGCCAGUGCCGCUUGAUAAGUGCACCACGGAGGACAUCAAGGAGGCGUUUGUGGUCCAGGCGCAGGAGCAGCAGAUAGAGCUUCUAGAAAUCCCCGAGCACACAGAUCUCAAGCAGAUGGUCCAGCCUGGGACGCCGUAUUUUUAUGUGGAGUUAGACACAGGGGAGAAGCUCUUCCACAGAAUCAAAAAGAACUUUCCCCUGCAGUUCGGAAGAGAGGUGCUUGCCAGCGAGGCGCUCCUGAACACACCGACCCGUGCCGACUGGAGAGAGUGUAAGAACACCCGGGAAGAGGAGGAGUCCAUGGCCCAGAGGUUCCGGGAGGCCUUCAAGCGCUUCGACUUCUCCCUGCUGGACUGAGAACCCCCAGGUCGCUGUGCUGACCAGUGCUUUGGACUUCAGGUGGUGGAUCUCCUCUCUGGAUGGGCUCCCCCUCGUUCUGUAGGAGUCGGUGAAUGAUGUCGGUCUUUCAUUUCUCUUACUUUGGAUACGUGGCAUUUUGGUUUGAAUGCGAAAGACCUGGCCAAUCAACAAAUGAUUCAAGUUGCUGGUGAUUGGUGCAGUCAUACUGCAUAUCUGCGUGAUGUCAGCACCAUGACCCUGCACAACAUUACACAUUUUAGUGAAAUCCGGAAAUUAGAUCUUGCGAUGGCAGAUAUUUAGUGACUAUUUGAUGCUCCUUGAAAUUUUUGAUUUUUAAGAGAAUAGUUUGCAUUGGCUUUUUCUGUUGGGUGGUAAAUGUUUUGGCUGCGGUUAGCAGAGGUUUGCUGCUCUGGCCACAUCCCAAAGACUGGAGCAGGACGAAAGAAGUAUUAAGCCAAGUUACAGCUGCUGGUUCACAGUGACUCUUGACAAAUUUCACGUCCCAGUUUUUGUACAUAAAAAAGACUUUUAUCAUUUGGUUUUUAUAUACAGUCUUUGAUUAAAAAUUGGAUUUUAUAUUUA